UCCAGUCAGUCACGUUACGCAUGUGAUGGAUCUGCAGCUGAUAAUAAUCGACGUAACAGCUUCAAAAUUGGGCGAGCUGUCAAGACUUUUCAGUGAGAGCCGAGGAAAACCUGAUGAAUAUUUUGGGGGAAUUCCAGUGCUUCUAGUUGGCGCCUUCAACCAAAAAGAACCGGUUGGGGGUAUUCUAGCCACAACAACUCUCAUGAAAAAGGUUCAAAACGAACAAGCAACUUUACAACAACAUCAUACAGCCUCUAAUACUACCAAACAAAGACAGUACAGGUCAUCAACGUCGUUGUUGAAUGCCAAUGUUCAUAACACUGCCUCAGAUAGUAGCUUGGGAAGCAGCAUACUUUCUGCUUCCAGAUGGUUUGAGCUUACUGUGGCAGAGCGCAGUAAAGACAUGAAGCAUAACGAGAACAUUGACAAACUUUAUGAUGGCAUGCAGAUCCACCUUGACAAGUUUCACAUCUAUGAAUUCUACAACGAUAAAAAUUUGAUGGCAGAUACAGCAGAAGAGAGGCUCAUGUGGUUGAAAGCUCCAGUUAUAGUGAAGACCAAUAGAAAACGAUGCACGAUCAACUAUUCGAGAGGCCUACAAUUUGCCAAGGCAACAAAUGCUGUUCUUGUACGAUGGAAUUUAGACUACAGCAAAUGGGAAGGAAAACCACCAAAUCUAUCUGACAUCGAAGACACGAUUGAUAGAGACGCAGCAUUUUGGGAAAUAUUUGUAAGUGGAGGACCAUGUUACUUGAUUGAUACCAUAUCAAAGGAACGGAAAUUGUGCAAUGGAACAAGAGCAUUCUCUUGUUCUCAGCCCGGAACAAAUGGAUUCCUACAAGAUGCAGAUACUUAA